AUGUCUGGUGAAGAGCCUGAUUAUUCAUCUCUUCCAUUGGAGGAACGAUUGGUUCAUAAAGUUUGGAAAGUUAGAUUGGAAGCUUAUGAAGAGAUCACUCGAGAAUUUCAAAAUUCACGUAAUGAGAAUGAUUCCGUGUUUCAACCAUUUCAUAAUAAACCAGAAGUGUUUAAACAGUUCAUAACUGAUUCGAAUGUGGUGGCUCAAGAAAAUGCCGUCAAUUCCCUUGUUAACUUCUUGAAAUUCGGUGGUACCGUUAAUAACGUAUCACGAUUAAAAUCAUCUGGUAUAGUGACUUCAAUAAUUGAAAAAGGGUUAAGUUCAUCCCGUAAAAACACUAAGGAUUAUUCCAUUGAGGCUUUAUUAUCAUUAAUCGAAAUCUCCAAUGAUCCAAAUACUUUAAUAGAAGAUUUCAUUCCAACUUUUGCUAAUAGAUUACCUAAACUAGUUACAGGUUCAGUACAAGGUUUAACUGCUAUUGUGGAGAAUUAUGGAUGUCAAGUCAUACUGCCAAGGUUAAUUAUUCCUUCUUUACCUAAAUUAUUCGGUCAUGCUGAUAAAAAUGUAAGAUUAGAAACUACAAAAUUAACGGUUGAAUUAUAUAAAUGGAUGGGAGAUGCUUUAUCAUCAAUUUUAUUCCCUGAUUUAAAACCAAUUCAACAAAAGGAUUUAUCUAAAGCCUUUGAAGAAGUAGCCAAUGUCACUCCCGAACAAAAGAGAUUAACAAGAUCACAACAACAAGAAAUUAAACGAAGAGAAGAAGAAGCCGCUGCGGUUGCUGCUUCAGGUGGAGAUACUGAUGUGGUAAUGGCAGAUGAUAAUCAACCUAUAGGGAUAUCAGCUCCUAAUGCCUCUGCGUUUGAUCCAUUUGAUUUAGUCGAACCAACUGAAGUAUUAUCUAAAUUUCCUCAUGAUUUUGAAACCAGAUUAGGCUCAACAAAAUGGAAAGAUAGAGUUGAAGUUUUAGAAGAAGCUCAUGCUGUUUUAGAUAAAGCAGUCAAAUUAGUUACAACUGAUGAUUAUACUUAUCUUAUAAGGGUGUUUGCCAAAUGUAUGAAAGAUGCUAAUAUUCAAGUUGUUCAACUAUCCGCCAAUUGUAUAGAAUGUUUGGCUAAGGGUCUUAAAAAGAAUUUCCAUAGAUAUCAAAAUCUUAUCCUUGGACCUAUACUUGAUAGAACCAAAGAAAAGAAAGCAUCAGUAGCUACAGCUUUAUCAACUUCAUUAGAUGCCAUAUUUCAAUCUUCAAGUUUAAGUGAUAUUCUUGAUGAAACUUUAAAUGGAAUGAAACUGAAAGUUCCUCAAAAUAAAAUAUCCGCUACUAAUUAUUUACAAAGAUGUUUAGCCGCUACUACGAUAGCGCCUUCAAAUACUGAAAUUGAUUCGAUUAUGGAAGUGGGUGUUAAAUUAUUAAGUGAAUCUCAAGAACCAAUAAGACAAGCUUCAACUGAAAUGAUUGGAACUUUAAUGAAAAUCACAGGCCAAAGAGAAUUAGGUAAGUUUCUUGAAAAGAUAGAUGAUAAUAGAAAAGCUAAAGUUUUGGCAUUUAGUGAAAGUGUACAAGUUAAUUCGAGUCUUGGAUCUUCGACUUCUUCUGCUUCAACUGCUUCUAAUACUAUUAAAAAGACACAAUCUUUCAGUGCUGGAACUAUUAAAAGACCAAGACAAUCAAUAGCACCAACUUCUAUACCAGCCAAACGUGGAGCUUCAUCACCUGUUAAAAGAGUAGAUGAUGUUCCUAAAUCUUCUACUUUAGGACGUGGAUUAACUGGAAGAUCCUUAGCUGCAUCCAAUAUACCUCCAAUUCAUCAUCCUCAAGUAUCACAUGUUCCAGUAGCAAAAUCUGCUAUUGAUGCUCAAGAAAAGGAAGAACUUAUUAAAUUACGUAAAGAAAAGGAAGAAUGGCUCAUAUUAAAAGAAAAAGAUUCUCAUAGAAUUCAACAACUUGAAGAUGAAUCAUAUGCUCUCAAACAAGAAACUUCUAGUUUUAAUUCAAGAAUAGAAGCUUUACAAAAGGAUUUAGCCAAUAGUACAAAAAUGUUAAAACAAAAGGAUCAACAAAUAACUCGAUUAAAUCAUGAUUUAGAAGAUGCUAAAUUAAAAGUUCGAGAUCUGGAACAAAAAAUUGAAAUUAUGAAACUUCAACAAACUAAUAAACAAUCAACAUUCGGAGGAUUAUACUCUUCCACCACCAAUACCAAUAAUAAUCAAAAGACUUAUACAUCAUCACCUUCAAAUAGACCAACUACCUAUCUUUCUCCUGAACGUACCAGAAUAACCUCAGGUGAAUUGAGUUCCGAAGUUAAACGACUUUCCCUUGAUGGAGGUGAAUCUUCCAAAGAAAACACAUAUCUCACUAGAUCAAAUAUCUAUAAUAGAAUAUCAAGUACGCAAGGGUUUGGAUCUCCUGCUAGUGAUUCUCAUUCUGAGAUUGAUGCUGAUUGGAAGCGUGCGGCUGAGGUGACAUCCCAAUUAAAAGCAAGAAUAGAAAAAAUGAAAGCUAGAUCAAGAAGUAAUACUGCUGGUAUUAACUAA